CUGUGAGUGUGCGUCGGGACGGGGGCACGGAACUGCUGUAGGGUCGACGGAUGAUCGUAGAUGAAGGAGAAAGAUGGAAAUUAAACAGCGGUUUUAGAGGAACGGCGGUGACCUGUCGACAAUACGAAUAUCUGUGGGCUCACUGCAGAGCGAAUGUUAUAUGAGGACUCUGGGAGGACGUGCUUUAAUCGCGGUAAGGUAGCGAAUGUAGGGAGAGUUGGGGAGGGCUGUAGCUGCUGGGGUUUUUUUUGGAGAGGGAAAACAACAUGGCUGCGGUGGAGCUCGAAUGGAUCCCAGAAACACUGUAUAACACCGCUAUCUCGGCGGUGGUGGACAACUACAGCCGGUCAAGAAGGGACAUACGCUCGCUCCCAGAAAAUAUACAGUUCGAUGUCUAUUAUAAGCUUUACCAGCAGGGCCGACUCUGCCAGCUGGGGGGAGAGUUCUGUGAGCUGGAGGUGUUUGCUAAAGUGCUGCGGGCUUCAGAUAAAAGACAUCUCCUGCACCACUGCUUCCAGGCCCUAAUGGACCACGGUGUGAAAGUAGCCUCAGUUCUGGCAAACUCCUUCAGCCGCCGCUGCUCCUACAUCGCAGAGUCUGAUGCCCACGUCAAAGAGAAGGCUAUUCAGUUCGGCUUUGUGCUGGGUGGCUUCUUGUCUGAUGCGGGCUGGUAUGGAGAUGCAGAAAAAGUGUUCCUGUCGUGCCUGCAGCUGUGCACACUCCACAGUGAGGUCCUCCACUGCUACCGGGCUGUGGAAUGCUGCGUCAGGCUGCUUCAUGUCCGCAAUGGAAAUUGUAAGUAUCACCUGGGGGAGGAGACCUUCAAGCUUGCCCAGUCUUACAUGGACAAACUAGCCAAACAUGGCCACCAGGCCAACAAGGCAGCGCUGUAUGGUGAGCUUUGUGCCUUGCUCUUCGCCAAAAGCCACUAUGAUGAGGCAUACAGGUGGUGUAUAGAGGCUAUGAAGGAAAUUACUCCUGGGCUGCCUGUCAAAGUAAUAGUUGAUGUCCUCAGACAAGCCUCCAAGGCCUGUGUGGUAAAGAGGGAGUUCAGAAAAGCAGAGCAGCUGAUCAAACAUGCAGUGUUUCUUGCAAGAGAACAUUUUGGACACAAGCAUCCCAAGUACUCCGACACGCUGCUAGAUUAUGGAUUUUACUUAUUAAAUGUAGACAACAUAUGCCAAUCAGUUGCUAUUUACCAGACUGCCCUGGACAUUCGACAGUCUGUGUUUGGGGGAAAGAACAUCCAUGUUGCCACAGCCCAUGAAGACCUGGCCUACUCUUCAUACGUUCACCAGUACAGCUCUGGGAAAUUUGACAACGCUCUAUUCCAUGCAGAACGUGCCAUAGACAUCAUAACUCACAUUCUGCCUGAGGACCAUCUUCUGUUGGCUUCCUCUAAGAGAGUCAAAGCACUAAUCCUGGAGGAAAUUGCCAUUGACUGCCACAAUAAAGAGACAGAAGAGCGUCUCCUGCAGGAGGCCCAUGACUUGCACCUCUCUUCACUGCAACUGGCCAAGAAGGCCUUCGGGGAGUUCAACGUCCAGACAGCAAAACACUACGGCAACCUAGGACGACUUUACCAGUCGAUGAGGAAGUUUAAGGAGGCAGAGGAAAUGCACAUCAAAGCCAUCCAGAUCAAAGAGCAGCUUCUGGGCCAUGAGGACUAUGAAGUGGCUCUGUCAGUGGGUCACCUGGCCUCUCUCUACAACUACGACAUGAACCAGUAUGAAGACGCAGAGAGGCUCUACCUGCGCUCCAUCGCUAUUGGUAAGAAGCUGUUUGGAGAGGGUUACAGUGGGCUGGAGUACGACUACCGAGGCCUGAUCAAACUCUACAACUCAGUGGGGAACUAUGAGAAGGUGUUUGAGUACCACAACGUACUAUCCAACUGGAACCGGCUGAGGGACCGACAGUUUGCUGUGGCAGACGCCCUGGAGGAUGUCAACACUACACCCCAGCAGACCCAGGAGGUGGUACAAGCCUUCCUAUUGGCUCAGAGCCUAGGCCCGACCCGCCCCUGUCUCGGCUGAUUUUAUGAGGGAAGAGAGAGGGGAGGGGGAGGGGGAGGGGGGGUAAAGACGCGUGGGUUUUAGCCUGGUGAGGACAGAAAAUAAGCCUAAAUGUGAUGCUUCAGUUGCACACAAAUAAUUGGUAAUACACAUAAAAUUCAAGCAUCACCGGCAGGUCAGAUGGCUGUACAGUCACUGCAGCUGCCAGUACACACAGAUAUACACAGACAUGUAGUUGUGAAAUGAAGAAUAGAGAAGACACCGUUAUCAAACCUCAACACACUCACACAUAACCACAAUGCAUCUCUACACAGCAAACAUUUCUCCAGGAGAAUGAGGACACACAACUGAGGGGAGGGGGGGGAUUAAAAAAGAAAAACCUCAAACAUCCUGCAAGGAUGACAAAUGACCUCUCCUCUUCUCUUGUUUCACUCGCCUUUUUCUUCUCAGUUGGGAAUCAGAGGACAUUUUUGCUUUUGUAUUUAAACCAGUGUAGCUCUGAACGCCAUGAGACUCACCACAGAAUGAAACCAUGUUCUCCAGGGCUAUGUACAUGACAGUAUCUGGACCCCACACUCAUCUGUGAAAUACAGCCCACAUCCAUCAGCAUAAUCACUUGGCGGAUCACAGAUGAAAAUAGUUGGAUAUUUUUGACACUUGUACAGUAAAAUAUUACAGAUUGUACACUUAAGUUUCAGUUGAAGGCCUCUUGUUUUUUUCUUUGCAAAGAAGUGAAAGUGGACCCUAAGAAGACUUCAUUAAACUCCUGUUUUGAACUACUUGGUGGAGAGAGAUUACAAACAGUGGAAUGUGUUGAACCAGUGGGUGUGUUGUUACACACAUAACAGGCUUCACAGGUCUUGUUUUCAAUUUAUUUUAUCUCUUUUUUUCCAGCUUAGUACUGACAUAGCAUACUUAAAAUGCCAAUAAUUUAUAUGCAAAAGUGUAUGUUUAUGUAGCCCUUUGUUACGCUUUUUAAAAUGAGUGAGCCAUGAAUCCUAAAGAAACAGUUCAACGCUAUAAUAACAAGGGACGUGUAUGGGAGUGCAAAGAGGAAGAUGCCGCAUGUACAAAGGCUGAGAAGCCUCCUCUUAAUUUCUUAAUGUUGAGGCUUCCUGUUUGAGUGUGUAUGUGUGUGUCUGUCAGUAUACAAAGAUAGAACUCUGGGUGCCCAAGUGCUCCACUGAUGACUACCAGCCUUACACCAGCUUGCAGUUAUCUGUCUGUAGACGGACCCAUACUUUUAAGUGCUAAAUAAACUAUUAUACCCUUAAGGGCACUACAAUGGGGACCAAUAUUGUACGUGUGUGUGUCUGUGUGUGUCUCCAGCCUUUUUAUCUGUACAUCUGGCCUUUCCUCUCCACUCCCUCCUGUCAGAAAUCCCAUUAAAGUAAAGUUGUAGGGUUUUUUUUUUCUAUUGCGGAACCAUCAGUGUUUCUGUCCAAGGUCUCAUCUGUCAUUUCAUUAAAGCCUCAGGCUCAACUGUCUUGCUGGCAAAGGUGCUGGUGCUCACUCACAAAGGACCAGUGAGGAGUACAAAAACCUGAGAACAGCCAGUGACUACUUCUUUCAAAAAAACUGAAUGUUGUGAUGAUUUGUAAUGGCUCGUGUCAGUGAAAAUGAUCUGAAGCCAAACCCUUCCUGCAUAUACAGCUGCAGUCAUACAUGAAGAGCUAUUGAAGGAUCAGUUCACUCAAAUGACAAGAAAAAAAACACUCCUCCAUCACCUUCCGUCAAUAGGCUUGUGCCUGUCAUAAAAACUAAAAUUUUGGGGUAUUUUAUAUAUAUACACUACCGUUCAACAGUUUGGGGUCAUUUAGAAACGUCCUUAUUUUUGAAAGAAAAGCAUUUUUUUUUCAACAAAGAUAGCAUUAAGCAUUAAAUGAAUCAACAAUCCAGUCUAGACAUUGUUAAUGUGGUAAAUUACUAUUCUAGCUGGAAACAGCUGAUUUUUAAUGGAAUAUCUCCAUAGAGGUACAGAGGAACAUUUCCAGCAACCAUCACUCCUGUGUUCUAACGCUACAUUGUGUUAGCUAAUGGUGUUGAAAGGCUAAUUGAUGAUUAGAAAACCCUUGUGAAAUUAUGUUAGCACAUGAACAAAAAUGUGAGUUUUCAUGGAAAACAUGAAAUUGUCUGGGUGAUCCCAAACUUUUGAAUAGUAAUGUGUGUAUAUAUCUGUGAAAGCUCUUACAUUUUAUUUAGCUGAAAUGUAGAAAGUUAGCUAAGUAAAGGAACCCUGUAUGUUUGCUGAGCACAUAAUUGUGGCCAAGAUAACAACCUGAACAGUUUACAGUUUGUCAGUGCUCCCUGGUGGACAUAUGAUGUAAUUGGUCACUGCUUCUAAAUGACUUGAAAUAGAUUAUUGGCAUUUUUGACUGACAUUUCCUAUGAUUUACUGUCAACCAGUCUAUACAUGGAUAAAAACGUGUGCGGUAAGCCACAUAAUACUGAUACAUGAAUAGAGACAAGUAUGUAUCUGUGAGCCCAUAGAGCAUUUCAAGUACAAAAGUGUGUAGUUGGCGUUUUCUUAUUUCCUGUCUGGGUAAUCAUUUCAGGAUUCACUGUGAGGGUCCUGACUCACAAGUUGAGACCCACUGAUUGCUCUACUGGUCUGUCCCAGCAAAUACUUUGAAUUGAAUCCUUUCAGGUUCCACAGGAACAUAAAAAUAGUUCAUGUUGUCAUUUUUUUUACACCAUUAGAGGUGAUGAGUAGUGUAUUUUUUCUGUGAUUUGGGUGAACUGACCCUUUACGUUAGUGCAGUGGAGCUGUGCAUAAACAAAGACAGGCAUGACGUCUGUGGCGGUGUAGAGAAAUCGCUGAUGAGAUUUUGUACAUUGCGGUUUGGGUUGUAGGCGUUAAUGUGUGCGACGUUACUGACAGUGUGAUGCCUUGGAUAAAAACCCCACUGUUUCUUACGUUUUGUUUGUUUUUACAUGAAUGAAGAAAACAAGCUUUGCCUUGCUGUUGCUUCAGUGCUGUCGGAUGUCUCCCUCUCUAGCAGUGAUGUGACUGGCUCUAGCUGAGGAGGUCCAGCCUUAGCCCCCUCCCUCCAACUUCCCCCUGAAAAGGACGCUUAGCUCCACUGUCGACACAAACACACCCUCUCUCUGGGCAGCAGAGCAGAUGUGUUGUAUUCAGACCGUAUUUCCAAAUAGUUGUGUACAAAUAUACAAAAGAGAUGAGUAUAUUACUGUUAUGAAACAUGCAUAUCUCAUGGUCUUAUAAAGUAAAUCAUUUUGUUGGUAAAGUCUCUCUUGACAUGCUCCAACACCGACUGCUUUUAGUCAAAAUUCACUUACUGAUUAGUUGAAUUACUGUGGACUGUUAUGGCUGCUGUUCUGGAGCCACUGGCAAGCAAUGUCUGCAUCUCCUGUACCACCUGUCAAAGAUCUAAAAAAAAAAAACUUAAUGUGAAUCGGUUUCGUCCAACUUCAGUUUCUUUUUUCUGUUUGGCAAAGGCAAAAAGAAGUGAUUGUCCUUCAUUAACAGCCCUGAGAAAGCAGCUGACAGCUGGGAGUGUAAGGGAAGAGCACCUCCUGGUAGUGAUCACCUGAUGUGUGAAAGGGAAUAGUAGAGUUGCAGUGCUGGAGGGGGGAAGACUGGACAAAGUUACAGAUGCUCAAUAAAGCUGUGAUCUCUCCAACGGCCCUGCUUCGCUGUAAACAGUUUGGAUGAGAAGAUGGACACCAAAUGCGAUGAGAGGAUGUUAUCACUGUUGUCCUGUUACUGCUUCACUGUUAGCUGCAAAAACAUUAAAACGUAUAUCAUUGACCACCAUGAA